UGUCGGAGAUGGAGGAUGCCAUGUUGUCGUCCUUGCGCCCCCCUGAGCACCCGUCUGUGCCCCACCCGCCACCGCCUCGCAGCUCUGCCCCCAACAGCAGGGUGACCACAGAUCCCUCGGAGCUGCCCCCCGACAGGCUCCAUGUGGAGAUAGAGAUGUCCCCCGACUCCCAGAUCAUCCUCUACGGGCCCCUGCUCAAGGCCCUCGUCUCCAUCAAGGUACAGUCAGGGAGACAACAUACAGCACAAAAACUGUGCAGACUCAUAGACCUCAUCCAAAAAAAACCUAGGGAGGGUAGAUGGGAGAUUUGAGGAAAACAUUUGAGUGAUGUGUACAUGCUUCAAGUCAAGGAUUCAGCCCCUUGGUUAGAAAAAGUCACAAUUUCUUUUACCCCUUUUUCUCCCCAAUUUCGUGAUAUCCAAUUGGUAGUCACAGUCUUGUCCCAUCGCUGCAACUCCUGUACGGACUCGGGAGAGGCGAAGAUUGAGAGCCAUGUGUCCUCCGAAACACGACCCUGCCAAGCCGCACUGCUUCUUGACACACUGCUCGCUUAACCCGGAAGCCAGCCGCACCAAUGUGUCGUAGGAAACACCGUACAAUUGGCGACUGUGUCAGCGUGCAUGCGCGCUGCCCGCCACAGGAGUUGCUAGAGCGCGAUGGGACAAGAACAUCCUGGCCGGCCAAACCCUCCCCUAACCCGGACGACGCUGGGCCAAUUGUGCGUCGCCUCAUGGGUCUCACGGUCACGGCCGGCUUCGACACAGCCUGGGAUCAAACCCUGGUCUGUAGUGACGCCUCAAGCACUGCAGUGCCUUAGACCGCUACACCACUCAGGAGGCCGAAAGUCACAAGAUUUAACCAUCCACACAUCCCUCUCCCCCUUCUGUAGGAGAACUACUUUGGUGAGGACGACAUGUACACAGACUUUGAGGAGGCGGUGUCCAGCCCUGUGCUGUCCUCCCUGUCCACCUCCUCCACCCUGGGUUGGUCUCCACUGGGCCUGGACGAUGACAGGAGGGAUGCUGCCACCCUCCACCCCCUGGCCUUGCGCCCCUGGGACAUCACCGUCCUCAUCAACCUCUACAAGGUGCACGGACGCCUGCCCAUGGUAAGUCCAUCCCCACCUACCCCUGCAACAACCAGCAAUCUUUAUCAACAACUAACACAUUAUGUGGUCUACCAGCACCACUUUGUAUCAGUUGUACGAGUGCUGGAGAUAACCCUUAACCCAACCAUUCUUCUAACUCUCUCUCCGCAUGUGUCUGGACAGCACUGUGGCAGCGACAGUCCUGAAGCCCCCUCUGGGUUCCUAGAGAAGCUGUGUUUUGAGAUGAAGAAGGGCUACAAGGAGACCAUGCUCCAGCUUGUGCUCUCCCCGGCUCACAUCUUCAUCAGUGACAACUAC